UCAUGUAUGACCAGUAUGAGCAGAGUCAGAAAAAAAGAUACUUAAACGUCAAAACAAAAGCAGCUGUGAAUGAUGUGCGAGCUAAAUUUAUCACAGUUUUAGAUAGAUUUGCUAAUCGCUUCCAAUUUUCUAGACCACGUCAUAGCUAGGAAAUGAUGAAAAGUUCGAAGGUUUGAAAACACACAGGGUUUGAUUCUCAAAAUGGAAAUACCCUAUAGGAAGUUGUUUAUUUAUUUUUUAACUUUUGCGGCCUAUGCUUACACGGGCAUUGGAUCGAGUAUGUUACGAAAUUUAAAAGAUGCUGUUUUAUCCGCUGAGUCAGUAUUUGGAGAUAUGUUUAAAAAUGUGAUCACUGUUGCGGAAAAAUUUAAAUCUUUACAUGAUGUGUUUGAUGCAGCUGUUGAAGAAGAAUGUUUAUUUUCUUGCCCUGAAGGACAGAAACCAGUUCGCAAUAGAAACCAUAUACCAAAAUCAGAUGGAUGUGGUUCUCUAGGAAUUGAAAUAUCUACUGAAUAUUUACCUAUAGAACAGAUGACUAAAUGUUGUGACACCCAUGAUAUAUGUUAUGAUACAUGUAACAGUGGUAAAGAAGUUUGCGAUUUAGAAUUCAAGAGAUGCUUGUACAAUUACUGUGAGACCUAUAGAAGUAUAAAUGUUGGUGGGGAAACCAUCACUAAAGGUUGUAAAGCAGCAGCUAAGUUACUGUUUACUGGCACGUUAACACUGGGUUGCAAGUCAUAUUUAGAUGCACAGAAAAAUGCUUGUUACUGUCCACCUGCUAAGAAUAAAUAUAAAAAAUAUACCACUGGAAAUGAUGAAUUUUAAAAUUGUACUAG